GUGCGGCUGGGGACUUGGACCAACUGGUCGCGCGGGCGGGUCCGAGGCGCGACGCUCACGCUGCACGAACGCGACGGCGGGCUGCUCAUCGCCUUUCUCGCCCUCUUCGUCGCAGCGGCGGGCGACAGUGCGUGGCGCGUCUUUUGCUUCGCGCUGCAUCGGGUGCUGUCGCGGGCACAGCAGCAGGACGGGCUCUACCACCAGCGCCAGGCCAUCCUGCGCAACGCAGCCAGUGGGACGGCGGGCGUGCUGAGCCUGGUUCGAGCGGCGUGGGCGUGGCGCCGCAACGCCUCCAAGCCAUUUGUGCGCAUCCUCCCGCUGGCCUCUGUUGGUCUCAUCAUCGCUCUGGGCUUCAGUACCGCCAGUAUCUUUGCGUCGCGCGUCUCGACCGUUGCCGGCCAUGAGGUUCUUCUCAAGGGCGACAGCUGCGGCCGCGUCACGACCAUCAACCGCACAAGCAGCGACAUGACGGAGCUGCUGACGGGCAUGCUGCCAUAUACCAUCGAGCUGCUCGUAUCGUCCAGCAGCUAUGCCCGCCGCUGCUAUCGUAACAAUUCCAAGCCCGACGACUGUCCCACCUUUGCCGCCCGCAUGUUGCCCACGACCAUCUACCCCGAUGCCGAAUGCCCCUUCCAAGUCAAAGACAUCUGCCAAAGCGACUCCAAGAACCUACUCCUCGACUCGGGCCACAUCAACAGCCACACCCACCUGGGCAUCAACGCCCCGCCCCAGCACCGCUUCACCUUCCGCCAGCUCACUGCCUGCGCUCCCCUCAAGACCGACGCCUACUCGCUCCUGCGCAACGACUCGGACAAUGUCUUCGGUGCUCCCUACACCGAAUACUACUACGGCCCUCCCACGACCAACCAAACCAACUACACCUACGCCUUUCCUCUCAAAACCCCCGCCUCCUCGACGAACCCAAACGACUACACUCUCGCCCACCUGGCCGCCUACGCCAAUGGCGAGGGAGCCGCAGCCUUCGAGCCGAUAGCCGAUCUGCACGUUCCCGACGCCGACGUGUCGCUGUACUUUCUCUCGGCCAACGACGUCAACUACAUCCAGCCAGUCGACGAUCCGUGGUUUGCCGCGCACCAGCUCACCAGCCAUCAAGAAGACACCGUCGUCGGCAGCGACACGCCCGUGUGGCGCCGCGAUGAGCCUGCAACCGUGCUCGCGUGCACGCAGCAGUACCAGUACUGCAACCCCAACCUGCCCGAGUCCGAGGGCUGCACCCCGCUCGCGGGCAUCGACGGCUGGAGAAACUCCGCUUCCCCCGAUGCAAUCCCCAUGAGAAACGCGGCGGGCGAGGACAUUUGGCGAACCUCGCUGCAGCGAGCCGCUCUGCGCUACGUCGUCGACAAAGCCAUCUACACCACCAUCGCCGACGUCGUGGGCAGCCUCAACUCGGGCGCUUUGUUGUCCCGCAACUCGAUGUGGUUGGGGAUUCAGGGCCCGAUGGGGGAGCGGCAAUGGCAAAGCGAGGUGGAGCAUUGGCAUAGAUCGUCACUUGCCGUGCUGCAGCGCCUCAUGAUUGAGCAGGCGACGGGCGGAAAGCUCAGCGAUGCCGACAUUUCACCCUGGAUGACCGGGCCGGACGGGACGGCUGAGUGGAAGCGAUGCAAAGGGCAGCUAGUUCGAAGUACACAAUUCGCCUCCUUCAGCAUCCUGGGCCUAAUCAUCAUCUUCGUCAUUGGCGGCUUCUUCGUCAUAUUAUCCUACCUGCUCGACCCUCUGGUAGUGCUUCUCCUACGGCGCCAACAAGGCCAGCGGAAACCGCAAGCAUCCUCAUCUGCCGACAGCCCAAGCACCACCGACAGUUCCAGCGACGACAACUUCAUUGACGAAACCAUUUACAAAAACCUCGAGUGGCUCUCAAACGAGACGUUGCAGCUUCAGCGGCUGGCGCACGAGCAGCUUGGCGCAGGCACCUGGUCAGGCGCCACGGGCGGGAACCUCGUCCCCGUCACCGAGCAUGGGCAGCUUCUCGCCAGGCUCGACGCCUCGAACAGCAGGCACCCGCGGCUUAUGGUGCCG